AUGAUCGUCAACAAGGUCAUCAGCUCCAGCUCCGACUACGUUGGGGUGGUGCUGUUUGGCACAGAGAAGAGCCGCAGUUCCAGCACCGACAACGUGUACGUGCUGCAGGAGAUGACACUGCCCGGGGCGUCGGCCGUACUGGACCUCGAGCACGUGAUCAAGGGUAAGGCGCUGGUGGCUGACGCUGGCUACAGGACCCAUAAGCUGCACUCGAAGCGCUUGCUGUUGUUCACGAGCCGCGACCGUCCCGUCGACGCCGACUCGGUGGACCUGCGGCGUCACGUCCACCAGAGGGUCAAGGAUGCCCGCGACAACGAUAUCGCCGUCGAUCUCUUCCCGCUCGGCAAGGCCUUCGACGUGGCCGCGUUCUACUCGGAGGUGUUGUUCGAUAACGCAUCGGACGAGCGGCCGCCGACCGCCGACGUCUCGGACAAGCUGGAGGAGCUGCUGGCGCGCGUGCGACAGAAGUCCUACAAGAAGAGGGUGCUCGGCAAGAUCCCGUUCGUGCUCGGGGAGGGGCUGAAGCUGGCCGUCGGCGUGUACAACCUCAUCCGGCAUGCCUGGGAGAGCGCGGCGUGGGUCCGUGACGAGCCGCGGGGUGUCUGGCGUUCGGACGUGGCCGUCGGGACCCAGGCAUGCCUGGGAGAGCGCAGCAAGAACACCAACCAGCGGGUGAGCUCGAUCACGACGUACGUGGCCGGCGAGCGCACGCUGCACCGCUCGGAGAUCAACCACUGCCAGAAGGUCGGCGACCGCCAGAUCGCCUUCAGCAGUGACGAGGUGCGCGAGCUGCGCGCCAUCUGCGAGCCGGGCCUGCACGUGCAGCCGGCCAGCUUCAUCUACCCGGAGGAGAACUGGAUCAAAGGCAGGUGCUGA